AUGAAACUCGUAUUUAUCGCGCAGUCAAUCGUCGCUUUGGCCGCGUCGGGGCAACACCCAUUGGGAACCACUGGUGCCGGCCACGCCGUGCGAAAAACACCAUCCACGCCCGACUUUGCCAACUUUACGACAGAUGCCAUGGAAGAAUGGCGGGUGCCGGGCGUUUCGAUUGCCGUAGUCGACGGCGACAGAGUCUUUUCCGAGGGAUUCGGCUUUGCGACAUUGCCAGACAUAAAGGCUACUUCGGAUACGCUCUGGUCUACGGGCUCGACAACCAAAGCCUUCACUGCUGCCGCACUGUCCCUUCUCGUCGCCAGCAAGAACUACUCGGAGCUGGCCCAGGGCUGGGCAACGCCCGUUUCGUCCAUUAUCCGCGACGACUUUGUGCUCUUUGGUGCGUGGGCCACUGCUCACAUUACCCUCGAAGAUGCCGUCUGCCAUCGCACAGGCAUCCCCAGGCAUGACUGGUCAAUCCCCGAUAGUGUCAACGGUCGGCCAGCUACCAUGCGGGAUCUAACAAGAAAUCUCCGACACCUUCGCCCCAGCGAGGAGCCACGGGUCAAGCUGCAGUAUUCCAAUUACAUGUUUGGAGUCCUCUCGCAUGUCAUUGAGGUUCUGACGGGCAACGGGCUGGAGCGUGUGUUGCGGGAAUACAUCUGGGCGCCGCUGGGGAUGAACAGCACAUCGUUCGGGGCCGGCAAGGGCCGCAAGACCCCCGAGCGCCUGUCCACGGGAUACUACUGGCAUCCUAGGAAACAAGAGUUUGUUCCCGUGUCACACGAGCCCCUGGACCUGUUCUCCGGGACCGGUGCCGUUGUGUCAUCCGUCACUGACUAUGCCGAGUGGCUCAAGUGCCUGCUGCGUGAGGCGGAUCCAUUCCCGAGCGCCGUCCACCGUGAUAUCAGGCGACCUCGCAUGAUUGGCACUCCGGAGCAAAACUUUGGACCAGACGUCACCUUGUACGGCCUGGCCUGGGAGAGGACGACCUUGCACGGCUCUGUAGCUUACAAGCAUGGGGGAACCACGGCGUCCGGCGGUGCACAAGUCAUGUGGCUGCCCGACUUGAAGUACGGAAUCGUCGUCUUUGCCAACUCCGGUGCUGCUUCGCGUUCCCUGAACAACAUUCUUUCGCUUCGAUUGCUCGAGGAUAGGCUUGACAUUCUCCCAGAGGACCGAUACGGAGCUGCUGACAAAGAUGUCCUCUAUCCAGAGAGACCGGCGACACCGCUGCCGCCCACCGCACCCCAAAGCCAACUAAUAGGCAAGUACUACGAGUCAGGCUACGGCGUGAUGUAUCUCACCGAAGAUACCGACUCGGACAAGAGCUCUGGUACACGGACGAUUUUGGUAGGCCGUCGCCCCGACAGAGCGUCCUUGGGCCAAGUCCGCUUCGAGCAUGUUUCUGGCGACUAUUGGAUCGCUCAUUUGUGGGAUCCAGACGUCGAGGACAGCCCCGACUAUGGCGGCGGACACUUCAAGUUUGAUGUCGGCGGGCGGGUGGCCGCGUUGGAAAUCACCAUUUCGCUGCCGGGGCAGGACAUAAAUGAAGGCACAAUCACGUUUGAGAGGCUAGGGUAG